UAUACUGUCGCUCUAAAUAGUAUGGUGUUAUAAUAGUAUGAUGGCCUAGCCUCCUUUCAUACUGUUUAGUGCUGUAGCAUGCGUCUGGGAAGUAGUAUACUGCUAACAGUCUUUCCUGGGCAAUAGUAGAAGUUGGCACCAACCUUCACUUUGGGUGGCUUUACAUAGUCAAGUUCACAGGUUUCAGAAAAAAGAACAAGAAGAGGAAAUGUCUUCAAAGCAGCACUGAACAGAUUUUGUGUUGAGAUGAAGAGGCCCUUGUUAUGACAGCCUAUGUGGAGAUGUCUGGAGACAACAGCACAUUGUCCUGGAAACCAGCUCCUGGUGAACCCCAGCAGAAGAGUAAAGAUUGCUCUGAAAAUGCAGGCACUGUGAAGAUCCUCAAAGUGUGCUUCAUUAGCAACAGCUUCAAUCUGGGAAAGAACUUUAAACUUGUAAAAUGUGACAGUUCCUGGGAAAUUAAGGCUAUUAUUCAGAGUAUCUUAGAAAGUGGGAGGCUUGGUCCAAACAUUAAAUUCACUGGCUGCUAUGGCUUGCGGCUUAAACACCUCAAAUCAGAUGAAGUGCACUGGCUCCAUCCGAACUUGACAGUAAAUGAGGUGGAGAAGAAGUAUGAGCAGCAGCAUGUGGAGGCAGAGUGGAGAUAUGACUUGAGAAUCCGGUACAUCCCCUCUGAUUUCUUGGCGAAGCUGAACGAAGAUAAAACCACCAUGCUGUAUUUUUACCACCAGGUCCGCAGUGACUACAUGCAGCACUGUGCCAGUAGAGUCAGUGAUGGCAUGGCUUUACAGUUAGGGUGCUUGGAGAUCAGGAGAUUUUACAAAGAUAUGAAUGCCAAUGGAUUGGAAAAAAAAUCUAAUUUUGACCUGCUAGAGAAAGAAGUGGGCCUUGACUUGUUCUUUCCACAGGAGCUGAUGAACAGUAUGAAGCCCAAGCAACUCAGGAAAUUGAUCCAGCAAACAUUCCAGCAGUAUUCAUCUCUGAAGGAAGAACAAUGCAUUAUGAAGUUCUUUGAAACUUUCUCAAUGUUUUCCAGCUUCGAUGAGGAAGUUUUCCCUUGUGAGCUAGUGCAAGGAUGGAGUUUAGCUGUAGACCUUGUUAUCAGUUCUAAAGGCAUUUGCCAACGCAUUGACAAGAAUUCAACGCCCGUCUGCUUAGCUGAUUUCAAACAAAUUCAAAAGAUCAAAUGUUCCUCUCAGAAUGAUGGAAAGGCUCUGUUAUAUAUCGAAAUUCAGGGAGUUAAACAGCCUUUGUCCAUCAACACGGCCUCAUUAGCAACUGCUGAGAACAUGGCUGACCUCAUAGAUGGUUAUUGGCGGUUAGGAAGUGGAAAAGACACAUCUUUGAUUGUGAGAUCAAAAAAAGACAAAGAAGCUAGACUUUCUCUACCUCGUAUUCCUCAUAGUCAAAGAAAGGAAGGUACCUCAGCCCACAGAGCGAGCAUGAACUCAGACAUAUACGUAGAGAUACCCGAUCAAAAGACUGAAACAGUGGACAAGCAUAGCAUUUCAAGAGACAGCAUUGUCCUCGGGCGGCUCCUGGGUGAAGGUUUCUUUGGGGAGGUUAAUGAAGGGGUUUACAAAAGCAAGACAGGAGAGAGGGUGAGUGUUGCAGUGAAGACAUGCAAGGACUGCUCUGCUGAUGUCAAAGAAAAGUUUAUGAGCGAAGCUGUAAUCAUGAAGAAACUUGAUCACCCCCAUAUUGUGAGACUGGUUGGAAUCAUCGAGGAGGACCCAGUGUGGAUUGUAAUGGAGCUUUACCAGUAUGGAGAGCUAGGAAAUUACCUGAUCGAGAACCAGCAGAAACUGGCCAAUGUAACCCUCAUCCUGUACAGCCUGCAGGUCUGCAAAGCUUUGGCGUACCUGGAGGGUGUGAAUAUGGUACACAGAGACAUUGCUGUAAGAAACAUUCUGGUUGCUAAACCAGAUUGCGUGAAGCUGGGUGAUUUUGGCUUGUCUAGAUACAUAGAGGAAGAAGAGUACUACAAAGCCUCUGUGAGUCGAAUGCCUAUCAAAUGGAUGGCUCCUGAAUCUAUUAACUUCAGACGUUUUACUUCAGCUAGUGAUGUCUGGAUGUUUGCUGUGUGUGUGUGGGAGAUCAUGAGUUGGGGUCAGCAGCCUUUCUUCUGGCUGGAGAACAAAGAUGUCAUCAUACAGCUGGAACAGGGCAUGCGGCUGCCCAAGCCUGAACUGUGCCCUCCUGCCCUUUACUCCCUCAUGACAUGCUGCUGGACCUAUGACCCCAAAGAGAGACCCUCUUUCACUGAACUCGUCUGUAAACUCAAUGAGGUCUACAAGAUGGAGCAAGAGCAGGCAGUGGAAGGGCAAAGGAACAGAACACGUCUCUCAAGGAUGGCCAGUUGUGAUGCUCCACCUAAGCCAUCAAGACAGAGAACCACAGACUUUAACACUAUUAACCCAAGAUUACACACUCAGCUCCCUGACUAUCUGUGUGCUAGUUUACCUGCGUUCGCUCGCCCACCAGGCUUCCGAUCAACUCACAGCAGCACAAUGACCCUGCCUAUGUCCCCGCGGCGCUGCAGCGUGGGGGAACGGAGCUUUGGAUGUGAGCCAUCUAGUGUAGAGGAUGCUCAACGACUGUGGGAGUUGGACAAGCAGCAUAUGGAGGAGACUCUUCGGAGGCAAAAACAUGAGAUGAUGGCAGACAGCCAAUGGCUUGAGAAAAAGGAGAAACUGCUGGAUCCAACAGUCCAUAAUGAUGCACAAACAAAAAUGACACCAGAAACAGAGACAGGCUAUGCUCAGUUUCAAAGUCCCCCGGAAAAGCCUCCCAGACGGAUUGUGCAGCCAGCUCCCACAGCAGAACUGGACCGCUCUGAAGAUAAGGUCUACCACAAUGUGAUGGAAAUGGUCAAAAUGGUGAUGAAACUCAAGAAUGACGUCAACACACUUCCACCUUCUGAGUAUGUUCGUGUUGUGAAGGAUGUGGGACUGACUUUGCGCAACCUAAUCCAUAGUGUGGAUGAGGUCUUACCAAGCCUGCAUGAGUCAGUCAGGACUGAGAUUGAAGGCACUCAGAAGUUACUGAAUAAGGACCUAGCAGAGCUGAUCAGUAAGAUGCGGCUGGCCCAGCAGAACGCCAUCACCUCUUUGAGGGACGAGUGUAAAAAGCAGAUGCUGACAGCAGCUCACACAUUGGCGAUGGACUCUAAGAACCUUUUGGAUGCUGUGGACCAGGCCCGUGUACGAGCCAAUAUCGCCAAACCUAAACCUAGCUGAUUUGCUCUAGCCUGGUGAUAGAUUAACAUUUCCCAAAGAGGUGUCACAGAAGCUGAGGAUGCCUCACUAAUCUUGUUUAUAUCACGUUGCUAGAAAGUAAAAGGAAGGAGAUAGCAAGAGAUUUUUGCCUCAUCAAUUUUAGCCUUUUAUGAUACAAAGGUACUGCAGUUAUUUAUGGUAACAGACUAGAAUGAAAGCUGGGCUUUCUUUACAGAAUAUUUAAAAUAAGACCUUUUUAUUCAAUAUUGCUUCUAAAUUGCUCAUAGUCAUUCUCAUUUCAAAGGUACUUUU